AUUUGCAGAAACUAUUGGAUUACUUUUACGAAAAUAAUACAGUGUUUCAAAGUUCAGUGACUCAAAAGGAUAAAUCAAGAUUCUGCAGUUGUGUCUUUUCGAAAUAACAAGUUAAUUUGAAUACAUUAACCUGCAAAUGGUAUUGGUGUGCAUGCUGAUCGCGGCGGCUUUCGCUGCUCCUCAAGGUCAAGCUCCAACUGAGACCGUCCCUAUAGUUCGGCAAGACAGCCAGGUCAAUGGCGACGGGUCGUAUCAGUAUUCAUUCGAGACUGGCAAUGGAAUCAGCGCCGAUCAAAAAGGUGACCUGAAGAAAGUUGGAGAUGUGGAGGCUAUAGAGGUGUCCGGCCAGUUCCAAUACCCUGGUGAAAAUGGAAACAUUCAAUUGACAUACGUCGCCGAUGAGAAUGGUUACCAGCCACAAGGUGCGCACUUGCCGACAGCGCCGCCAGUGCCCGAGCCCAUUCAAAAGGCGCUUGCAUACCUCGCUACAGCGCCUCCGCAGCCAGAGCAAAAUUCCCAGUGAAACAAAGCUGGUACUAAAUACUCAUAAACAAUUGUGAUGAAAUUUUUAUACUUUUAUACUGUGAACAAAUAAAGCAAUAGACAUUUUCAUGUUUGUUUACGUGUUGUAACAUUCAAACAAAUUUGUAAAUUAAAUGAGAGGACCUACUAACAAUAUUUACAUAGGAAUGUUAACGAUAACUUCUUAAUAAGAAUAUUGUUAAAGAAUAAUAAGCAUAAUCAUAUAAAUGAAUUCGUUUUUAACUCCGAAGAAACAU